CUUGAAUCCAGGUGAUCGGGCUCCAAUCACCAGGCAACUCCUAUGCUACAUUUCCACACAGGAGAAGUUUGCUAUGAAAGGGUGAGGUGCUUUAAAGAUGGUAUACCAUGGACUGGGACUUUGUCAAGAAAGAUGGCAGGUUUACCCUGAUCUCCAGAGAAGAUAAACACUCGCUUUCUGCUUUACACUAGACAUAAUCCCAAAGUCCAUCAGGAAAUCAGUGCAGCUAAUUAUUUAACUAUCCAAGCCUCACACUUCGGAACAGACAAGAUCACCCAUAUCAACAUACCUGGAUGGAAAGCAGAUGAAUGGCAGCAAGACAUGUGCAAUGUGUUCCUAAAAGUAGAAGAUGUGAACUGCAUUAAUUUAGACUGGAUUAAUGGUUUGCUGCAAUAUAUCCAUGCUGUAAACAAUCUCCGCAUUGUUGGUGCUGAGGUGGCUUAUGUUAUUGAUGUCCUUGUGAAAAAAUUUGGAUAUUCCCCUUCUAAGGUGCAUUUGAUUGGCCACAGCUUGGGAGCUCAUCUGGCUGGGGAAGCUGGGUCAAGGACACCAGGCCUUGGAAGGAUAACUGGGUUGGACCCAACUGGGCCUGGUUUCCACAACACUCCAAAUGAAGUCAGGCUGGACCUCUCAGAUGCCAACUCUGUUGAUGUUAUUCAUACAAAUGAAGUUCGCUUCCUCUUCGAGCUUGGUGUUGGAACUAUUAAUGCUUGUGGUCACCUUGACUUUUACCCAAAUGGAGGGAAGCACAUGCCAGGAUGUGAAGAUUUAAUUACACCUUUAUUUAAAUUUGAUCUCAAUAUUUACAAGGACGCUAAAGAAGUGUUUUCUUUCUUUGAUUGCAACCAUGCCCGAAGUCAUUGCUUUUAUGCUGAAAGCAUUCUCAAUCCCGAUGCAUUUAUUGCUUAUCCUUGUAGAUCCUACAAAUCUUUCAAAGCAGGAAAUUGCUUCCAUUGUCGCAAGGAAGGUUGCCCAACGAUGGGUCAUUUUGCUGAUAGAUUUCACCUCAAAAAAAUGAAGCCUAAUAGAUCGUAUUAUUUUUUAAACACAGGGACUCUUUCCCCAUUUGCCCGUUGGAGGCACAAAUUGUCUGUCAAACUUGAUGGAAACAAUGUCACUCAAGGAAGCAUAUUUCUCCGUGUAGGUGGAACAACAGAGAAGACAGGGGAGUUUGGGGUUGUCAGUGGAACACUGAAACCAGGCAUGACUUAUACAAAUUUAAUUGAUGCAGACAUUAACAUUGGAAACAUUGCAAGUAUUGAGUUCAUUUGGAAGGAACUUUCAUUUGAACAUUCUCAGAAUAAGCUGGGAGCAGAAAUGGUGAUAGAUAUAUCUGGAAAAUAUGGAUAUGAAUCUGCCUUCUGUAGCUAGAACCUUGUAGGACCUAAUAUUGCCCAGAUCCUGAAACCAUGCUAA